AGAUCACAGCCUCAAAAUAUGCAAUAUAUAAACAGAAUUUGAUGUUUGACAAGAUCAGUGGGUAAAUUAAAUUAUAAGCAUUAUAAAUUUAUAAAAUUAAUUACAGUGAUAUAAAACAAAAAUCUUGUUAUAAAACAAAAACUAAAGUUAUAAACUAUCUCCAUAUGUAACCAGAUAAAUAGAUAAAAUCAGCAUUAUUCAGCACUUUUUUAACUAACUGACAAUUUCUCAUCAUAAAACUAAAGAUUUUCGUAAGUUUUUUAUCAUUUAGAAAGUUUUAAGCCACAAGCCCACAUAAAGGUUGUGGAACUGAAAACAAAAAUUAUUUAAAAAAUUUAAUUUUUAAAAAUAUAAAAUGUGUGAAAAUAAUAGUUGGCAAGCGCCUUUGUGGUUAACGGAUUCCUAUUUGGAAGAUGUUUUAAAAAAGUAUCUCAAAGAUGAACAAGUGAAAUUAACAAAUGUUGAUAUAAGACCAGCCACAGCAAAUGGUGAAAAUUAUGCCAGUGUUAUGAGUCGUAUUAAGGUGAAAUUUAUACAAGAAAAGAACAGCAAAAAUCCACAAGAAUUAUCCUUUAUAAUGAAAUAUUCAUACGAAAGUGAUCCUUUCAUAUCGAACAUAAUGUCUAGCUAUGAUGUUUAUAAUACGGAAAUGAAAAUGUAUGAACAAAUUUUACCACAAUUAGCCGAUAUCCUGCAAGAAGUGGGUGAUACGGAAAAACUAUUUGCAAAAACUUUAAAAGUGGACUACGAUAAAUCAGCCAUUAUAUUUGAAGAUUUAAGCGUAAAUAAUUAUGUUUUAGCUGAUCGUUUAAAGGGCAUGGAUGAACUACAUGCUCGUAUGACUUUAAAGAAAUUGGCUAAAUUUCAUGCAGCUGCUGCAGUUUUAAAUAAACGUCUCAACGGUGAAUUGGAAAAAUUUCAACGUGGUAUUUUUAACAGACACACUAGAGCUUUUGGUUGUGUUUUUGAAUAUCUAACAGAAGUUUGUGCAAAUUUUGCUAAAAACUCUCCAGAAUUGGGUUCUUAUUAUCAUGAUAAACUAAUGAAAUUGAAACCUUAUAUUGUUGAUUAUGGCACUCGUGCUUACAAUAGUAAUCCAAAACAUUUCUUUACUCUAAGUCAUGGUGAUUUAUGGAUAAAUAAUAUGAUGAUGCUCUAUGACUCCAAUUCAAAAAAUAUAGAAAAGACCUUAAAAGAUGUUUUAUUAAUAGAUUUUCAAUUAUGUAAUUGGUCUUCGGUAGCGGUUGAUUUGCAUUAUUUCCUGCACACAUCCUUGGAGCCAAAAUUACAAUUAGAUAUACAUGCCCUUAAUAAAUUGGUACAAUAUUAUCAUGAAAUUUUAGUGGAUGUUUUGAGAAAAUUAAAAUAUACUGGUUACAUACCCACAUUACAUGAAUUGCAUGUCCAGCUGGAGGAAGGCAAGAUAUUGGCUCUAACUGCUGCCACCACCAAUCAACCUAUAAUGAUCACUGAUCAAUGUGAAGAUGCCGAUUUUCAUGGUCUAAUAGAUGACAACGAAAGAGGUAGAAAAUUCCGUAACUCUCUUUAUCAAAAUAAACGUGUACAAAAUAAUCUGAAAGUCUUAUUACCCUAUUUCGACCAGAUUGGUUUGCUAGAUGUACAAAAAUUUAGAGCAAAAGAAUUUAACACUAUGUCGUUUAGAAAUUUCAACGUAAAGCUUCUCAGAUACCAAAACAAAAUGAAAAUGAAGAUGACACCAGAAAUUGAUCCGGGUCUACCCGAAUGGAUAACCAUUGAAUAUAUUCAAGAUAAAUUGAUUAAGCGCCAUAACGAUGACAGUAUUAAAGUGAUGAAAAUCAGUGGCAAAUCUGCCAGUGGAAAGGGUGAAAAUUACACCAGUGCCAUUUUACGUAUUAAGGUGACAUAUGUUAGCGAUACUAUUGUGGAACCCAAAACUGAUUCCUUUGUCAUUAAGAUGACCUUCCAAGGAGAAGGUAUUGAGGGUCAAGUUCUUGGCCAGUACAAUGUUAUUCAGUGUGAAAUUGAUGUAUAUCGUUAUGUGAUGCCACGCUUUGAUGAACUCAUGAAGGAACUCGGAGAUGAUGAUCAAAUUUUUGCCAAGACUUUGUAUGUAGAUGAUAAACAGGGUGCCAUUAUUUUCGAUGAUUUGGUGGCAAGAGAUUUCGCAGUAGCCAAUCGUGUGGCUCGUUUAGAUACAAAACAUGUUCACUUGGCAUUGCGCAAAUUGGCUAAAAUUCAUGCUUGCGGUGCUGUGUUAAACGAACGUGAUCCAGAAUUCUUUAAGAAGCACGUAUUCGAUCAUGGUUUUUAUAAUCGCCAUACAGAAGGCUUCAAGCCCAUGAUGUGUGGUAUAAUUUCUGGUCUUUCGCAUUAUGUUAACAGCCGUCCUGAUCUCAAGGCCAAAUAUGGCAAGAAAUGUGAAGGUCUAGUAGAUCGUAUUAUGGAGGAUACCGUUAAGUGUUUCGAUCCCGAUGACAGACAUUUCAUGACUUUUGCUCAUGGUGACUAUUGGACAAAUAACAUGAUGUUCCAGUAUCCCAACGGUAUCGAUCAAGAACCCUCUGAUGUUGCCUUAGAUUUACAACUUUGUGUUUGGGGUCAUCCUGCCAUCGAUUUGCAUUAUUUCUUUAAUACCUCUUUGAAGGAAGAGUUGCGCCUGAACAAUCAACAAGAGUUCAUUAAGUAUUAUUAUGAUAUUUUGGCAAGCACCUUAAAAGCUUUGAACUUCAAAGGACGUUUUCCUUCAUUAUUCCAAUUCAAUUUGGAAGUUCAAUCUCGUAAAUUUUUGGCCAUUAACGCUUCAUUUGUCUUCCAAGCCCUUAUGCUGAAUACAAAUACGGAACAUGCUGAAUUUAGUACAUUAGUCAAUGAAGAAGAAGUCGGUAUUAAAUUUAAGGAUUCAUUAUAUUUUGAUAAUGAAUUGAUGCAAAAGACUGUUGAACUCUUACUGCCUAUUUAUGAUAAUUUAGGUCUUUUAGAUCCCAUGUAAUAAAAAAAAAAACAAAAAUAUUUAUGUAUUAAAUAACUUAAAUAAAUGUACUUAGAAUUAUGAGAAAAUAUUUUAAACAAAUUAAGCGAAUUUUAUUAAACAAUUAUAGGAAAGUCAGACUAAAACUGUAA